CGCACGUUUCCGUGGUGCCUGUGUCCUGCUCAUCCUGCGAGUGCGGUGCGCUCUGCACCUCGUCGACCUUGCGCGACCGUCAGCGCGACCGUCGAGCCUCCGCGUAACGCAAACAUCCGGUCGGUGGUCACUGAAACCGAAAUGGCCGCGCGCUGAGAGUUCUCCGAUCCGAGUGUCGCGCGGAUUCCUCUCUCCGAACUCGGAAAAGUUUCCUCGCAGUGUUACUCGUUCUCGCAAGGGUUUAUUCUCGACGAUGACGUCGGCAGGGGGACGCCGCGGAUAGGAUCCUCCGAGGGACGAGACGAAGGAAGAAUCUGGACCUCCGAGCCAGAGAUCGGCCUCACCGAAGCGAGUAAGAGCGACUGGACGCCCAUGCCGGGCAACGGAAGGGCUCAGCAGCAGGAGGGUCUCAGGAGUGCGAAAGGAAAAACCGUCGGUGGAAAACGCGGAGGCGUCACGUCGUAAAGAACAUCGUUCUUUUAUCGCGAGCACAGAGACUAUUUUCCCUGCGAAACGCUCUCACACGGAAGGAUGUCGUGGAGAACGGUACACCCGACGCUCCUAGCGUCGUCUUUGCUACUCCUGAUGCUAACGACAAUGUCCUGGAAAAUCACGCAGGCUCACGUGGCUCUGACGUUUCCGCGGGCUAGACAAUACGAUCUGGACUUCCUGGAUAACGCCAGAACCCCAGCACCAUGUGGCAUGCCGCGUGGCAGCAUCAAGACGUCGUUAUUGGCAGGAAGCAAUUUUAAUGUCACUUGGCACCUCGCCUAUCCUCACAGGGGAGGUUUUCGACUUCAAAUCCUAGAUGCUCUCGAUAGGCCUUUACUCGAUCUGACGCCCGUUACGCAAAACAGCGAAUUUGUUGAGAACGAUGCUACAGCGCAGAGUUACGCCGUGCAGCUGCCACAAGAUUUCACUUGUACCGACUGCACCAUCAGAUUGCUGCGGAAGGCCGAGGAAUGGGGCUCCAACUACAGAUUUUGGUCUUGCGCAGAUAUCGACAUCCUUGACAGGAAGGCUUACCGGGAGGAUUGUAGCGGUCACGGACGUUACCUGCUGGGCAGGUGCAGAUGCGAUCGUCUCUAUCACGGCACGAGGUGCGAAUUUAAGGAGGAGUGCCUGGACGACUCGGACUGCGGUAUUCAGGGCACGUGCAUCGACAAUGGUGGCACGACCGCGCCUACCAAGCAAUGCUACUGCAACGCCGGCUGGUUUGGUCCGGGUUGCGCGAAGAGAUCUCCGGUAAAAAACAUCGACGUCAACUUGGACGCAUAUACGAUGAGGCGGUUCUCUGACGACGUUGUAUUCUAUUGGAGGAUUCUGAAGGACAGCAAGGAAUUAGAAGGCGUUCUAAUGGCCAAUUCCACAACGUGGAUCGCUAUCGGAUGGAGGCCUAGCAAUUUGGGUCCGACCUGCCGAUCCUUCCCGAAAAUCGAAGAUCGACCGAAGGAUGAACCGCUUCCACAACCAGAACCAAAGCUGGUACCAGUUGCUGAAGUGAGCGCCAAGUCGACACCGAAACCGGAACCGGAGCCCGAAGCAGAACCAAAAGCAGAACCAGCGCCGGAGCCAGAGCCCGAGUUCGGAAUCGAGAGCGAGAAAUCGGGUGCGAAGAGGCGGUCAGCUAAGGCAGACACCGCAACAUUGGGCAUAACGCCGCGACCGGAUGUCGACGUCACUGUGCAGACCAGCGUAACUUACCAAGUCAGCACAAAGCAAGGUCGCAGGAGAAGAUCUCCGCAACCAAUUCCACUUUCUACAAAUGGGAAACCGGUCGCCGAAUCCAGCAUUGUCAUCGGACAAGAACCGAAAUCCGAGCCAGAGCCAAAAUCCGAGCCAGAACCUAUUUCUGAACCAGAACCAAACUCCGAACCUGAACCCAGCUCUGAGCCAGAACCAAAAUCUGAACCACAAUCCAUCUUUGAAUCAAACUCCGUUCCCAAACCUAGCUCUGAGCCAGAGCCCAGCUCUGAGCCAGAACCUAGCUCUGAACCAGAGCCUCGCUCUGAGCCAGAACCCAGCUCUGAACCAGAGCCUCGCUCUGAACCAGAACCCAGCUCUGAACCAGAGCCUCGCUCUGAGCCAGAACCCAGUUCUGAACCAGAACCAAAGUCUGAACCAGAGCCAAAGUCUGAGCCAGAGCCAAAGUCUGAGCCAGAACCAAAAUCUGAGCCAGAGCCAAAAUCCGAACCAGAACCAAAAUCCGAGCCAGAACCAAAGUCUGAACCAGAGCCAAAAUCCGAGCCAGAACCUAGUUCUGAACCAGAACCAAAAUCCGAGCCAGAACCAAAGUCUGAACCGGAACCCAAGUCUGAACCAGAACCCAGCUCGGAACCAGAGCCAAAUGCAGGUCCGAAGUCGGGAGCGACAAAAGCGUCGUUACCAGCGCCAGGACACAGGUACACGCCCAAGCACGACUUCAAUCCCAUGGACUGCACGGACAUCAUAAUUGGUACAGCGAAAGGGACCAGUUACAGAAUUGGUGAUUAUUAUACAAGGGAUAGAUCGACGCCACGUAAAGACGAAUACUGGGGCGGAAGGGACAGCUUGACGGCCGCAUUCGGUUAUGAACGCGACGACGUCACGACGAUGCUCUUCCGUAGGAAAUUGGCUGCCACAGAGCUGACCGAUCACGACAUUCUUGACGGCAAUAUGCAAGUGAUUUGGGCGAAAGGUCAAGAGCCGGGCAAGUACGUGCAUCAACCGCCCAGUGGGAUUGAAAAGGCCAAAGUCAGCGUCAAAGAUUUCUACAAGGUCGACGAGCUUAAAUAUCACGGCCACGGAAUGCAGAGAGGUGUCGCGACGAUGAAUUUCUUCGAUGAAGCGAAAAAACCAGAAUUCGCCGGUGGAGUGACGUUGCAGGACGGUCGUUGCGGCGGUCAGUGGCGUUAUCCGAGAAAUUGUUUGGUAGAAAAUGGCACUUGCGAAUAUGCCAUACAAUGGACGUACAAGGGUAGAAAGGAUCUGAUAACGUUUGUCAUCUCCACGACACAUACAAAUUUGUGGACCGGAGUCGGAUUUUCUGAUGACAGAAGCAUGUCACAAACCGAUGCUGUGCUUGGCUGGGUCGACAACACCAAUGGGCGAGCUUUUAUAAUGGAUACUUGGAUCAGCGGCUACAACGCGCCGUUGUUGGAUCCGUCGCAGGAUAUCUACAACAUCAGCGGUCGCAUUGAAAACGGCGUAACCACUCUGAGAUUCUCAAGAAAGCGCGCAACAAAGGACAGCAAAGAUCUUUCCUUUGCAGACGAUCAUUGCCUGUACAUGAUGUUCCCGGUAGCGGGUGGUGCAUUCAACCCCAUCAAUAAGAAGAUCCGAAAGCAUGAUCAGACGCCGUUUGUUUCAUCCGACAGAAUAUGCAUCAAAUCCUGCGGCUUGGAAGAAAUCGAGGGACAAACUACACCUGCACCACCGAGAUUGCAUUACGAUAUCGAAGUGAAACUUGUCAACUUGGGCGACGGGUUUGUAGCUCCCACACCCGACAGUCCCGAUUUCGAAAUAAUCUCGAACACGGUAUCAGAAAGCUUCGGACCAGUUUUCGAAAAACUUCCGGGCUAUUAUCAAGUUCGUCUUGAUGAGCUGCACAAAGACAACGAGGAAGGCGUGAUAGCGCGCAUGAACUUGAUCCUUGAUAAGAAUGAGGCUAAGGGCAGAUCCUUGAAGCCUGUGGACACUGGCAUAGAAGCAGAAAAGGCACUGCGCGAAGCUCUCGUGACUGGCAAGGUUGGAGCACUCAGCGUCGAUCCACAGUACUUAAUCAUUAGAGCACCUCGAGUGAAUGAUAUAGAGACGGACGACGAGAAUGAUCGACCAGUUUCCGCGACAGACUUAUUCCUCGGUGCUACGAAGCUUUAUAUCGUUGUUGGUUGCGUGGCGGCAUUACUAGCUCUCGCAUUGCUGCAAGCCAGUUGCACCCUUUACAGGAGUUCGAAGAGACGAGCGACCAAGAGGGUGUACUCGCUGCCUCUGGCUUCUUCUGACGCGUCCAACCCGAUUCAUCGCACGAACGCGACGCGGUAUCAUCGACAACAAAACGGCGAUCAUCAUCACCAUCACAACAACAACAACCACCACCACCACCAUCAUCAUCAUCUUCGGCAUCAUCAAUACGCUCCAUCCGAAAUGCGUCGAGCUAAUCCCAGCUGGUAGAACUCCUCGUCGAACACAAUCGGUGCGCAAUAUUAUGCUUUUCUCACAUUCUCUUUUGCUCACUAAUCCAGAUGUCUGACUAAAUUUCCGCACUCUUAGCUGCAUUUUUUCUGCACUUUUCCUAAACGACUACUUUCCGAAGCUUUCCUCCUACUUUAAUUUUGGUCACUAAUAUGGAAUGGUUAAAUUAAUUGUAUUAUGUCAAUUUCAAGUAUGCAUAAAUUCUCAAAUACACGAACAGAAUAUACGUAUACGAAGCAUAAAUUUUAAAAAAUUAUGUGUAACAAGAGAGUAUGCUUUAAAUUGAAAAAUUGGAAGAUUUCUCAGGACUUUUUAAAGUUUAUAUAUUAUCGAACUGACAUGGUCUAUUUCUGAAAAUUCGUCUUAAUCCGAACCCUGAUUUUCUUAUCUUCAACCUGAUUAGAUGAAGAAUAAAUUUUAUUCUUUUAUACUUUAAGCCACUAUUUCAUUUGGCUUAAUUCUCAAGAUCGUCCGCAUCAAUGAUUUAGUUAUUUUGAACGCUAUAAAAUUGCUCCUCGAUUCUCAAAACUUUAAUAAAACAUUAAACGUACUUUCCCUUUUAGGAGCGUUUAAUUGCCAGCAACGCUUGGAAGGACUACGCUUCUGGCGCGAACACAAAUUUUGCGUUCGAGGCAUUCGAGACGGAGGAAAAAGCACCACCGCCGCCAGUUUCCAGUCUGCCGAGAC